GACACGGAAAAGCAGGGGAGGGAAAGAGAGAAAGAGAAAAGGGGCUGGUGGAGGAAGAAGAGCGGGGAGUGGGAGAAAACAGGGGGAAUAACACUUAAAGAAAAGCAUACAGUGGAGAGAAAGGACAGCAUAGUGCUUUGGACAUCCCUUCCUUUCUUCUCUCUGGCUGUCACAGCAGAUUGGACUCCGAAGGACCGACACCGCGUCCACCCCAGACCCCAUGGGGUAACAGCAGACAUUUGGAGGAGAGGCUUUUGUUCAGCUACACAGAUGAACAACAGGAAGGAGGACAUGGAGAUCUCCUCUCACUACCGUCAGCUCCUCAGAGAGCUCAAUGAGCAGAGGCAGCACGGCAUCCUCUGCGACGCCUGUGUCAUCGUGGACGGAAAGAUCUUCAAAGCCCAUAAGAACGUCCUCCUGGGCUCCUCACGCUACUUCAAGACUCUUUACUGCCAGGUUAAAAAAGGGGCAGAGCCUCACCACCAGACUACUGUCACUCACCUGGACAUCGUGACAGCGACAGGCUUCAAAGCCAUACUGGACUUCAUGUACUCGGCGCACCUCGCCCUCACCAGUAAGAACGUGAUCGAGGUCAUGUCAGCUGCCAGCUACCUGCAGAUGACAGACAUUGUCCAGGCCUGCCACAGCUUCAUCAAAGCUGCGCUGGACAUCAGCAUCCGCUCUGAGAUGGCUGAUGAACUAGCCGACUUUGAGAUAGGAGCAGUUGCCGCCGCUGGCAUCGGCGGAGGUGGAGGCGGCGGAGGAGGAGUGAGUUUAGCAGGAGCAGUAGGUGGUGCGGGAACGGGUUUAGGAGGAGGAGGAGGAGGAGGAAUCGUGGGCAUGGCUUCUGAAGCUCUGGCAUCCAUCAUGUCUGGUCGCAGUACCUCCCCUUGGCUGGCGCGCCGCACCAGUCCGGCCAACUCUUCUGGGGACUCGGCCAUCGCCAGCUGCCAUGAGGGAGGCAGCACUUAUGGCAAGGAGGACCAAGAACCCCCCAAGAGCCACGAGAGCCAGGAGGAAGCCUGUCACGACUCCCAGCCCGCCUGGCCACACGACUACAGGCCUGUCACCGUCAAAGAGGAACAGGUGUCCCCCGCCUCCUCCUCUCAUCCCCGGGACACUCCGAGGGGGGCAGCCCAAAGCCAGGGGGAGCAAGGGACUGGAGGAACUGCAGGAGGAGGUGGAGAGGGGCCCUGGCAACCCCUAUCAGGGUCAGGGCGGAGAAAGAACAGGAAGAACAAGGACACAGUGAGGCAUAUCACCCAGCAGGCUGAGAGGAACUGGGACAGAGAGCGGGACAGGGAGAGAGACAGGGACAGUAGGCCUGGAUCUCCUCUGCCCUCCAUGCUGGCUGUGGCUGGAUGGAACUACAACGGACAAGAAAUACCAGGGGCAGACGUGACCGAACCCAACAGCUCAGACAGCCGCGGCGAACGCCUCGACUUCUUCCUCAAACAGGAAGAGCCUCUCACCACAGAGCCCAGCUACCUGGGACCCAACGAAUCGGAGGAGGCCGGGGGAGGAGGUGGGGGCGGAACGAUCUCAUCUGUAGCCAAUCUGAAGGCAGCGCUGAUGAGUAAGAACAGUCUGCUGUCUCUGCGGGCUGAGAUGAUGGGAGAUGAUAACCCCUUGCUGUACGAGUACCUGCCCAAAGGAGCACACUCCCUGUCUUGGCUCCGCUCCAACAACUACUGCAGCACGCUCCGGCCAGGGGCCACGGGGGCCACUAUUCAUAACAAACAGGGGGCUGGCUCCUCUCCUCCUCCUCCUCCUCCUCCUCCUCCACCUCUUCCUCUUCUUCCUCCUCAUCUUCCAACAUCACCACCACCACUACCGCCAUCUUCAUCAUCAUCAACAUCAGCAUACUACCCACCCACUCCACCCACACCACUGCACCCCUCUGAGCCUCGGCCCCUGGAGGCCCCCGGUCUGCGGGCUGGGGCACCCCAGCUGCGCUCAGAAGGGUUGGACAUGGAAGUGGAAGAGGCCCCCGAGGGCCCGGAGCCCUCCACCUUGCCUGAGGAGGGUGUCAAAGACAAGGAAGAUAUGAAAGAAUACAGCACAGCCUUGGAAGGUGACCAGUCUCCUGUCGAGAGGGAUCAGAUGGGCGAUGAGAGCUGUGCUGGUGGCUUGACUGUGCCUGCGUCAGUGUCCGUGGCUGGCAAAGGGACUAAAAGGCCGAUGGUGCUGAGUGAAGAGGCUGGGUCAGGGAAAAGAGUCCUGCCAGAUCCCAGUGCUUGGCCCUCACAGGGGUUCGCCUGCUCCCUGUGCAACCGGCUGUUCAGCAGCCUGGAGCAUCUCAGGGAACACGAGUAUCGUCACACCCUGUCUCUGAUGGCCUUGUCCCUGGACUGGCCGAGCAUUCAGGGUCCGCACCAUCAACCUACCCAGCCUCGGCACCAGUUACAGUCCCAGCCUCUCCCCUUCCACCAGUCUCUCUACCGCCCUGCGAUGGCCGAGCCUACGCCGGCACGCUACCUCUGCUCCCAGUGCCCUGCCAGCUUCACCCUCAAAUCUAACGCAGACCGACACGAGAAGACCAUCCAUUUCAAGAAGAAGCUGAUGCAGUGCGUUUACUGUCUGAAACACUUCCGAGACCGCACAGACCUGCACAGGCACCUGUCCUCUGUGCACUCCAAAGAGCGAGGGCACACCUGCCCUGCCUGUGCCAAGGCUUUUAGCACCCAGAAAAACCUGGCGACACAUGUUAAAGUGUGCUGCCAGGUGGGGACGGUGCCAGGAGCGGUGCUGGGAGGCAGUGCCGGGAUGGAAAUGUCUCAGGGCGGGGUUAUAGAUUCACUGUGGCGGCUUUCUCAAGAGAUGAAAGUUGACAAUCACGAUCUCAGCAUCAAUGUGGAAAACUGAGGCAGGCUGCCGGCUUAUGCACACACAUUCAUACCCAUCGGUUCGCAGCGUAUCCUCACGUGUUAUACGUUCAUGCCAAAAUAUGCUCUGUGGCGUCAUUGCACUGAGAAGGGAAGAAUUCCUUUUAAAAAUAUAUGAUGACACGAUUAUAAAUACAAAGGGACACCACUCUUUUUUAAUUUAUGUCAUUAUUUUUAGCAUGAAUUGACAGUUUACAUGUCAACAAUGCACAAUUGCUAUGCAAGCUGAUUUGUUGAAGCAACCGACUGAAAUUAUAAGACAAACUGUUACAUUUUUUUAGUUAUCUUUAGGUUUAUGAUUAAUUUAUUUUGCACUGAUUGGACCCAUUAACAGGUGAAUAACUUUAUGUGGCGGUGCUGGGUGGAGAGACAGAGGGGGGAGUCUUUCCGCCUCCCCAAACUACACCACUUGUCUGGUGCUCUGUCGCCAGACACCAGUCUGACUUAAGUCUUCUCUCCUUUUUAGGCAGAGAGAUCUUUAUCUUUGUGACCACCCCUGCAUUACGGGCACAAAGACACUCAGACACAGUUCAGAUCUGCCAGGCUUCGCUGUGGCUCACAGCGUACACAACCACACCACCUGCAGGAAAUUUGUAGAAUUGCAGCAUGGGAAUAAAGACUCCAAAGUGAUUAUUUCUGCUGCCGGUGUCAGUGCACCUCAGCUAAUAUAUUUUAAAACAACUUAAACCUUAACGGAAUAUUUUUUAAAAAUACUGGGGUUACUUUUCUCCAUGCUGUAUUUGAAAAAAAAACAAACAAAGUAAUUGUAUGAUCACCCCCUCUGGACACGUAUAAACUCGUCUUCCAUCAUUAUUCCGACAUGAUUGCCUUCAGUCAGCGCUGUCACAUCAGUGCAGAUGGAGGGGAUGUGCCGAACAACACAAAGCAAGCAAAAACAAUAGACCAGUAGCGGCUGAGAUGGGGGUUGGGUAGUGUCAUUUUCUCUCUCCGUCCAUCUCCUCUGUCCCAGAUCUGUAAGUCUUCUAGUGGCUGGAGUGUGGCUGGAGCUGGACAGUAAUUGGUCCUUCACGGCUCCGGCCCUUCUUAACCUCUGACCUCUUCAUCUGAAGAGGAUGUGGGGAGCGGCAGACAAAUGCCCCUUGAACCAGCUUAGUGAUGUCACUGCCACAUAAUAGUCUGGUUGUGAAGAGUGAAGACAAGCGGGGAAAAUGUAGGAGAGGAUUGAGGGAGAUGGCGUAGACAGUUAGGUGGAGGGUGUUGCAGAGCUGCAAGAUAUUGGAAUUGGCACACUGGCUUCAGAAUCAUUGCUAAUGUAAAUUCACACCGAUUUCUGCCAAAAUUUGCUCAUUUGAGUUUACAGCAGGCCUCCAACUAUAAUUUAACCAAGAUAUUUCCCUGAUACGGCCCAGUUAUAAAGGCUUAUCAUGUGUAUACCCAUAUUGUGAGUACUAUACCCAAAGGGAAGACACCCACCUGUGUUUCCCUCUAAUCUUCCACAGUCGACACAUGGAGCUGUAAUUUCUGUGUCCUCGGUUAAAGCAGGACUGGUGUCUGUUGGGACUGUACCCCCUUUGCUGUGGUUCACAUACACACAGGGAACUCCCGAAUGCCAAAUCCUUUCUAAUACAAAAACCCAUUUCUCAGGUAGCACACUCUGUCCUAGCCAGCAGCUGAAACAGACUGGCAGGCUCAGAAAGUCAGGAACUAAUCAGGAACUCUGCAGAGCCGUUCAGGAGAAAUGGCAAAACUGUACGGCUGUUGUGUGGCUUUUUUUUGUUUUUGUUUAGGUUGAAUGUGUUGUAAAUAUUGAAAGAUAUUUCAUUUUAGAGUAUCAAAUUUUUUCCUUGAAAACAAAACCCAUGUAUACUGUACACAGAUAUGUACUUUUCUAAACAGAAUGAGAUUCUGCUUGUAGUUUUUAUGCUGUAAUUAAACUGUGCUGGAAAAAUGUUUAAACCUCUCUGUAGUUUUUAUCUGUUAUCUGCACAUCAUUCACACGAUCAAAAAUAUUACUUUCUUUGCAUUUUAACUUGCCGCUCUAAAAAAUAAUCUCAA